AAGGAUAUCACUCAGCAACUGAAUCUUGCCAUAGAUACAUCUCAGUGCUUCCGGAGCAAACUGAAAGAGUAAUCAUCUAUUUGUGCCUGAAAUUGGUAAAUCGUCCAACAAAGCUAUAUCCACCUUUAGUUUUCGAAUCCAAAGUUUCCAUAUCUCAAUCAUGUUCGACGAGCCCAUAAUCUCCAGCUUCGUUUUUACCAACGAGGAGACCACGCAGACAUUCCACCACCAGUGGUUUUCCCAGGGCCAGUUACACGAAUGUGCCACCUGCUACAGCUCCAUCGACGCAGAUGAGCCGCCCUCCCAGCAUUGGCUGCGGGGAGGAGAAGCAUCACAGGGCUUGCAUCUUACCAAGCAACAGCAGGCCGUUAUGGAUAUUAUCGAGGCCCGCCAGAUCGAGACUUUCUUCUUCUGCGACGAGAGUUCCAAGGACAAGCUGGAACACUUCAUGGGCGAGACCUGUGCGAGGGGAAUCCCCGAGCUUCUCCGCUGGAUGUUCCAGAACAACACCGUGGCCGUGGAGUUCAAUCUGGCCUGCUACGUGAACGCCAUGGACCAGGUGUUGAUCUUUCAGAGCGGCUCGCUGAGGGCGGACCACCACUACGACGUAGACGAAUCCGUGGGCGUGGUCUACGAGAUGCUUAUGCAGAGGAUUGAAAACUACCUCAACUGCAGCAGCGAGUACGGCAUGGCAGAGUGCAGCAUCACCAGAUUGAAAGUACAGGUGAAGAGGAUUAGGGUGGAGGCGGACGGUCAGUCAGCGGACUCGUCCGUCUUCGCCCUACCCCUGCAGCUUCAGGAGGAGGAGGGCCUGACCGCCACUACCGGCUGCUCCACCAGCGAGGCAGAGCUUGCCAGUCUGCGCUCCGCCUACCUGAAGCACUUCCGCGAGUGCAACGGCUACUUCCCGCCCAACAUGCGCGUCAAUCUCUACGGACUGCAGCAGUGCAAGACCACCAAGGAGCUGUAUGUGGUGCCCUAUCAUAUCAGCGAAACCCUCCAGCAGCUGCCCAACAAGAACUUCCUCAUCCUGAACAAUAUCAUGGGCCAAUUCCAGCGGCUCCACGAGCUCUCCACCCCCGUCAAUUCCAUCGAAAGGGAUCAGACCAGCUCGCCGCUAAAGGACCUCCACUGCCGGAGGUGUCGCACCCAGUUCUCGCGACGCAGCAAACUGCACAUCCACCAGAAGCUGCGCUGUGGCCAGGACUUCUCCGUGGACAGCAUGCACGCGGACAUCGUGGAGAUCUACGAGCAGUGCCUGCCCAUCUCGAGAAGCGUCUUCCAGCACGCCUGCUACGGCAUCACCAAGCCCAAGACCAUGAUGCGGAAGGGUCAGUUUGUGCCCAUCGAGUGCGACUGGCGCAGCGAGAGCUCCGUGAAGGUGCAGCACGGCCCGUGUGUCGUCAUCAGCAACGCCCAGCACAAUAGUCCUUGUAAAUUUUAUUAAAUAAACGAUAACUUUUAAGCUG